AUUAUUAUGUCCUAUGUAGAUCUUUUUAAAAAGUCAACUCGAUUUCAUCAACAAAACACAGGGUAUCGCGUAAAGUAUUAGUUAGCAAUUGGUUCUGUCAAGGAUGGAUUCAUCUUACGAUGUAUGUGUGGUUGGUGCUGGAGUUAUGGGCAGUUCCACUGCAAGACACCUUGCAAAGAUAGGGAAGAAGACACUACUCCUAGAGCAGUUUCCUUUGCCACACUGGCGUGGUAGCUCCCAUGGACAAACCAGAGUAUUCCGUUGUGUUGACCCUGAACCACAUAUAGUUAAAAUGGCCAAUGAUGCACUCAAGAUGUGGAGAGAUAUUCAAAACCAAGCUGGAGAAACAAUUCUUAUUGAGAAUGUGGGGAUGCUAGAAGUAGAAGAACCACCAGGAACAAAUCUCAAAACCGAAGAACAUUAUCUACGCAGGGAAAAUAUUGAUUAUCAAUUUCUUUCAAGUAAAGACCUCAAAGAUCAGUUUCCUGGUCUUGUGUAUGGCCCAGGUUAUUGUGCAAUCUAUGAAAAAUCUGCAGGAAUCUUGAUGGCUGACAAGUGUUUAAAACACCUGCAGAAACAGUUUGUUGAGUCUGGAGGAACCCUUUAUGAUAGAAGUGAGGUUAUCAAAAUUCAGCCUGAUGCUAGUGGUGUUACAGUUCUUACAAACAGAUCUUCUUACAGAUGCAAAAAGAUCAUUGUAACAGCAGGUCCUUGGGUUAAUAAAGUAUUGAAACCUUUGGGAAUACAAUUAGAUGUAAAACCUGUUCAAGCUCCAUUCCUUUACUGGAAGGUCAAACAACCAGGGGCUUAUGACUUCACCAAAUUCCCUAUUUUUUAUGAUGUUUCUACCUCUGAUGGUCGUUAUGUUUAUGGGUUGCCAAGUUUUGAAUAUCCAGGCCUCAUAAAGUUAGGACCAGCAGGAAAGGCACAACAAGAAGCUGCCUAUUCAACUCCAAUAGAUCCCGACAUGCGGGACUCCACAAUGACAAUAACAGAAGGCUCCAUUGCUGCAGCUAAGGAUUAUAUCAAACAACAUUUGCCUUUUGUUGAUGGAACAAAACCUGCUAUAGUAGAGCUGUGUAUGUAUACGUUGAGUUUUGAUCGCAAUUUCAUCCUUGACAAACAUCCCGAGUACAACAAUGUCAUCAUUGCUGCAGGUUUUUCAGGUCAAGGUUUUAAGCAUGGCCCAGUGGUUGGUAAGAUCUUGAGUGACCUAGCCUUGGAUCGUUUGUCGGCCUAUGAUCUUUCUCCCUUUAGAAUUUCAAAAUACCUCCAACAAAAAUCAUCAUUGUAAAUAACUGUUUUUCAGAUGAAUAUCUUAUUAAUGAAAUUAAUUACAAUUGAAUAAAUAUAUGCAUGUGAACCAAAUAUGGGGAUUUUAUAAUAAUUUUAUAAUAAAGACCACUGUGUGGCAUCAAAUAAUUGUUUUUGGCCUGGUUACUACUGUAGUUUUUCACUUCCAAUGAAAAUAUAUGCCUUACAAACUCAA